AUGUCACUUGCGCAGCGGAAUCGCAUGCAAGAAAUCGUACCGAAAAGAAAUAUCAGGGAAAAAAGAAAUAGUAUGGAUUUAUUGCAAGCUCCAGGGGCGAAGGAAAUAAAAGAGCAAGGUGUGUACUUGCUAUACAGCCAAGUAGUACAACAACAUCUAUCCAGAAAUGAACCGGCAGUGCGACAGCGGCAGACGCGCGGUAGAAAAACUCUUGUCUCGACGUUUUUGGAAACUAGCAGGCUGAAAAAAAAUUCUUCUUAUAUAUCCAUCGCUCUAACUUUUACUUACAACUGGUUUCGAAAGAUGAAAAGUGUACUUAAGUACUAGAAGGGUAGUACUCCCUUCUGCACAGGGGGGCGACAGCCUUAUGGUCGUCGCGAUGAAUAGAAAAAAAAUGCAAUGUUUCCCAACCUGUUUCAAGUUGCUGUACAGCAAAAUCUAACUCGAAGAAACUACGCGAGGAAAAAAUCUACAACUUCUUACAAGAAAAGAUGAAUGGCUGACUUGGUAGUAUGCGUCAAAUGCUGUAGGCUACAAAGAAUGAAUGAAAUGUCGCGUCGAGCUGUCUUUAUUAUAUUCUUUCAUGAUAAGUAUGGAUACGAAGGGCACAACUGCGGAAUCAGGGAGAGGUCUGGGUUCGAGAUGAUUGUCGGGAAGGGCAACAGAAGGUAAUAAAAAAAGAAAAAGUCCGACGAAGUUGACCCUACACCACGAGAUGGGUGUGGAUUUCAACUCUUGGGGUCAUGAUGCACUUGUUCGUCUGUUUUAUUCGCG